AUGGCACUAGCCAUUCUAGUCGUUCUUUACGCGUAUCUUGGUUUGGCUGCUGCGCUUUCAAAGGAGGAAUGGCGGUCUCAGUCGAUCUACCAGCUUCUUACCGACCGCUAUGCUCAAACCAACGGAAGCACGGCGCCUUGCGGUAAUCUCGGAGAUUAUUGCGGUGGCUCAUGGCAAGGAAUAACCAACAACCUCGACUACAUCCAGGACAUGGGCUUCACAGCUAUCUGGAUAUCGCCUAUCACAGAGCAAAUACCAGGUAUCACCUAUGAAGGGGCGGCUUACCAUGGAUUCUGGCCACAACAGAUCAACCAGGUCAACUCGAAUUUCGGGACUGCAGCGGACUUGAAGGACUUGUCCAAUGCCCUGCACCAGAGAGGCAUGUAUCUUAUGGUUGACAUGGUUACGAACGACAUGGCUUGGAACGGCAACUACACCACCGUCGACUUCUCUAUAUACGACGUUUUCAAUGACUCAAGUUAUUACCACCCGUACUGUCCCAUCACCGAUUACCAGAAUUCAAGCAACGCGGUGGAAUGUUGGUCGGGUGAUCAGCAUAUCUCGCUUCCUGAUUUGGCAACGGAAAAUAGCGUUGUUCUGAGCAAAUGGGAAGCGUGGGUCUCAAAUAUUACUAAGACCUAUGGCAUUGACGGCAUUCGGCUUGACGCUUGUCUUGAACAAAACCAACAGUUUUUUACGUCCUUCGAAUCGGCCGCCGGAAUGUACGUUAUAUGUGAAGUCUACGACUACCCUAUACCUAAGGUUUGCGAUUACCAGAAUUACGUGAGUGGAUUGCUCAACUUUCCCGUAUGGUAUUUGAUCACCGAUGCCUUCGGUUCCAUCAGUGGCAGCAUCACCAAUCUGUACAACGGAAUCACCGAAAUGCAAGGAAAUUGCACAGAUGUUUCCCUUCUGGGAAAUUUUGUGGAGAACCACGACGUCGAUCGUCUCCCCUACACGGUAGAGGAUAUUGGACUGGACCAGAACGCCAUUGCCUUCGCCAUGCUCAACGAUGGCAUUCCCAUCAUAUAUGCGGGAGAAGAGCAGCAUUAUUCAGGAGGCUCCCCCCCUGCCGACCGAGAGACAACAUGGACCUCUGGAUACAAUACCACCACCAUCUACUAUCAGCUUAUCAAAAAGAUCAAUGCGCUCCGAGCGUGUCUAAUCAAUAACGACGCGACAUAUCUGACAACCGAAUCCGUCCCUUUCUUCCUGGACACUCAAGUGCUGGCUGUUAAGAAGGGAAGCACUCCGGCGGCGCAGUUAGUUGGAGUCUACAACAAUCGCGGUACUGGCGCCGCAUCAUAUACGAUCAACAUGGAGAAUACCGGCUGGACGGCGGGCGACCUUGUCUACGAGAUAUAUACGGAACAGACUGUCACAGUGGCCACGGAUAAUACUCUUCCCGUCUAUAUGUAUGGCGGGCAGCCUAGAAUGUACUACCUUCAGUCAUCGUUCCAAUGUCCCUGCGCUGAUAGCACCAAUGUCUGCUUACCCAGCAUCUCGGCGACAACCGCGACACCGACAUCAACGUCCAUCGUUUUACCAACUACUACCACGCCGUCCACGUCCACAUCAACCGUUCUGCCCACUUCGACAAUAGCUUCUUCUUCGGUAGAAACUUCAAGCUCCGUCCUGGGAUCUUCCAGCUCUUCACCAGUACUUACAAGCUCUACGACAACCGCUAUACCCACUUCGACAAUAACAACUUCUUCGAUAGAGACUUCAAGCUCUAUACCGGGGUCUCCCAGCUCUUCAGCGAUAUCCUCAAGCUCUACGACAACCGCUAUACCCACUUCGACAAUAACUACUUCAUCGAUAGAGCCUUCAAGCUCUGUACCGGGAUCUUCGAGCUCUUUACCAGUACUUUCGAGCUCUACGACAAUCGCUGUACCCACUUCGACAAUAGCUACUACUUCGAUAGAGCCUUCAAGCUCUGUACCGGGAUCUUCAAGCUCUUCAGCAAUAUCCUCAAGCUCUACGACAAGCUCUACAGAAGUUUCAAGCUCCGUUCCGGGAUCUUCCAACUCUUCACCAGUACUUUCAAGCUCUACGACAACCGCUAUACCUACUUCGACAAUAGCUACUUCUUCGAUAGGGACUUCAAGCUAUGUACCGGGAUCUUCCAGCUCUUCAGCAGUACCCUCAAGCUCUACGACAAGCUCUGCAGAAGCUUUAAGCUCCGUCCCGGGAUCUUCUAGCUCUUCAGCAGUACUUCCAAGCUCUACUAUUAGCUCUGCAGAAGCUUCGAUCUUACCGUUUUCUUCCAGUCAAAUUACAUCCUCGGUCACCAGCGUUAGCGGCAAUUCGUUAACUAUUCCAGCGUCCGCAAGCUUGUCUGCAACUGUUUCAUCCUCGGCAGCACCCGCUCCUGCAACGGCAGCACCUAUAUGCCCGUCUGCGGACGGAAGUACUUUCACUUCGAAUGGCCAGGAUUUUGUUGUAGGUUGCGGCAUCGCCAGUGACCAAGCAUACUUUACUCGAAUUACAGGUACCGACAUAGCAGACUGUGUUCAUAUAUGCACUACGUUCACAGGAACACCAGUUUGCGAGGCGGUGACUUACAGCGACGGAUUCUGUUAUCUGAAAUCCGACCCUGGAGCCGUCUACAAUGAAGCCGGCUCGGACAGCGCCUUCGUGAUCAGCACCUUGAAUGGCCCUGAGACUAUAGCAUCCGGGUACUUAUCCGGCAAUAUCUCACAGUCGAACCCAGCCUGUCCCGAUGCCAACGGAAACACCUUCGAGUUCAACGGCUACGUCUACGUCGUGGGCUGCAGUAUUGACAACUACGUCGUUGACAUUUCCACGGCCCCUGGCGCCGAUCUUGCCACCUGUGUGGAGAGCUGUAUUUCUUUCUCGGGCACGCAGUCUUGCGCGGCUGUGACCUACAACAACGGAAGCUGCCACUUCAAAGCUUCGGUUGGGACGGUCUUCCCCGCUACUGGUGCGGAGACCGCCUUUAUCAUAGCGAACAACGCCACCGGCAACCCGGUAGCAUUACCCCCCAGCCCACCCAGGCCAAGCCCGCCGUCGCCCGGCAACCCAUCUCCACCACCUAAUCCCAACGUACCCCCCGGCCCACCGUCACCCGGCAACCCAUCUCUACCAUCUAAUCCAAACGUAUCCCCGGGCCCACUGUCACCCGGCAACCCAUCCCUACCGCCUAAUCCCACCGGCACGUAUACGGUCUCCUAUGGAUCUGAGAUAGUUGUGUAUGUGCCCCUCGAGAGCGAGUGCUCGACGGCUGGAUCAAUAUGA